UACAUGAGUGGAGGCUUGUAGUACAAAUUCGAGUUGAGUUGAGUAGACAACAACACAUAACUGUGAGCAAUAAAUAAUAUGUCUAUAUAUACGUCUCCGUAGCGGUCGAUGCCUUUGACCCAGACACGGGUAGCCAAGCCGGACAGCAAGUUUGAUUAUUAACGACUAUUAUUAUCUUUCUAGUUUGCUCGGCUGUCAUGCAAACACUGAUGCGUUUCAUGUCUGUUCUGUAGAAGAAACAACCAUCAAACAUGUGCAGUCUUGUUCCGGACAAUAGCACUCUUUAUAUCCGAGAGGGAGGACAGCUUCGUCGGGUGAAUGACAUCGUGCUUGCUGAGCCGAAGCCUGUGUCAUCCUGUAGAAGAACUAAACCGUUACCGAUGUUGUUGAAAAAGGAACACUUCAUCUUCACCUACAAUGCCAAGGGAAAUCUACAAUAUUCUCCGAGAUCUCUCUUCGACAUCUCUAUUCAAUUCAUAGCCGAAAACAUACACCAUGUGGACUCACUGUUAGACUUCCCUGAACAAAUAGGAGUUAAACUUUUUGCAGCCACGGAAGAGAAAUGUGUUUUUUCCAACCAAGAAACGGGCCCCAAAGCCCUACAAGUAUUCAAUGAUGCGUAUGGCGACAUGGUGCUGACAUCUCUUUGUCUUCGGAAUAGAUUUCCUCUGUUGUCUGAGAGGAUGUGUGAAAUCAAAACAUUUCAUAGUCUGAAGUCUCUUGAUUUGUUUGGCUGCCGACUUGGAGAUAGUCAUGAGAUCUUCCUGCAUCUGACCAGCAGCUCCUUGACUGGAUCACUGGUUGAACUUUUCAUUGGAGGCAACUGUCUGUCAGAUAUUGGCCUACAAAGAUUGACUGCGCCCAUUAGGAUGUUCAAGAAAGGACUUGACAACCUUCAACUUCUGGAUCUCUCUGACAAUCCAAUCUCUGAAAGGGUUAUCAGGUACCUCACUUGUCUCUCUAAUCUCCAAAAUCUUGAUGUAUCUGGGACCAAUUUUAAGCUUGGCCCAGUACUCAAGAAAACAAUGUAUGACCUGACAGGACUUGUUUGUUCUGAAAAACCACUGGACAUAUUUGAGCAUUCAAGAUGUAAAACAGAAGGUUGGGCAGAGCAUGUUGUCAAUCAAUGGGAAAGAAUUGCUUCACAAGUGCCGAAACUAAAAAAAAUUGAAGAUUCACGAAAAUCAGCACUCCGCUUCUUUGGCAGACAAAAGUUCAUCAGUGAUGUGCUGAAUUCGAUGCCCUUGGUACGGCAAGAUGAGGAUGCAACCGAAAAGCUCCAUUUUUACAAGCCCACCCCAAAGCACGGCAUUCCCAAGGUGCAAGUUAAUGACACGGCUGAGGAUUCACCGAAACCCUCCUGUCUUAACGCCAGAAAAAGGCAACGUCAAACAGAGGGCAGCGAGACUCGUCAGAGUCCUCCAGGAAAGCGCUUUUCCUCAUCAACGCUUACAGCCGCAGAUAAGGAUAUGUUGGACAGCUACUGAGCUGACUUUUUUAUUAAAUCGUGAACAAAGACUUGUUCUAUCUGUUCUACCAGCUAUUGGCUUGGAUAUAUAUUGCAGGCAAUCCCACUGUUAGGUGGAUUGAAAUGUGGAUGGAAUGAUUAAUGUUUUGCUGUUUUUCCUGUUUUUAUUAUUCCAUUAAUGUUUUGAUCAGCAUUUCAAUCUUGUUUGUUUCAACUGAAGGAGCAUGGCAGAGGGCAUUGCACAGUGAAGAUGUCACUGACACAUUGAGUCAGUUGUGGUGCAAAGAAAGGAUAUUUAACACCAUUAAAAUUAUAUCUUUAUAUCUCGUGUUUAAUUUACAAUGGCUGAGGUACUGGAAAUGAUCAUGAUUAUAAUCUCUCUCUUUCUCACACACACACACAUAUAUAUAUUGAUAUCGGUAUGUUGGUUGUAGCAGUAAAAUUACAAUGCCUGGGUGUUUGAUGGCUUAUGACAUCGUCUUAAGCCUCUGGAACCAUUUCUAUUAAAAUAUAAUGGGAACUCAUUAAGGACAUAAGCAUAAAAACAAUUAGGACAUUAAAGCAUUUUACAUAAUUGGUUGAAAUACUCAAUAGUGCUCACAUGUGCUUGAGGAAAUUAAGCCAAUUACAUACUAGGCCAAUCCAGCUUGAGCAAAAAUAUGUAUUUGUCUUAUUGAUAUGGAGAACCAAUAUCACACUAGCAGUGUUGUGUGCUUUAUGAACAUGGCAGAAACAGUCUUGAAAUCAAUUUUGAUCAUAGAUUUAACAGCGUAGACUAUACUACCAUUAUACAAUAAUGGGCUGUUAUCUCUAUGUGGUAUGCAUAAACAUGUUAAAUGGUGACUGCUGUAAUGUAUGGUGUUUUUUACAAGAAUAUGUGACCAAUACGAGGAUGUGAAAUGAAAACAGACAGACUUUAUCCACUCCACCUUCUUUAUUUCCGAUUCAUAUUCAUUCUAAAAGAAGACAACA